AGGAAGAAGGAGGAGGGGCUGGUGGUGGGAACUCCGCUGCCCAACAAGGGCGCGUGCUCGCACUUCCGGCUGUCGCGGCGAUGGCUCUGCUUUCCCUGCUGCGGUCGCGCGUUUCCCUGUCCUGUCUGCCACGACGAGGCUGUCAAGGGCGAGCACGAGACGAUGUGGGCAAGCAGGAUGAUCUGCGGUAGCUGCAGCCGCGAGCAG